UCAAGGAUUGCACAAGUUCAUUUGGGGCUUGGAAAACCGCAUGAUAGCCUGGUAAUUCUGAAAAUCCUUUUAGCCAGUCUGCAGCUUCAUUCGCACAUGGUUUAGCUGGACCACCCAUUCUCGGUGCAUCACCGUCUUCUCUUCUGAGAUGAGUGCUUGAACAGCAUAAGAGGAAUUAAGUUCAGAUUAUAAAAGUUCAGUGACCUCCGUAGAGUCAGAUUCUACCACGAUCCUCCUUUGCCCUGUGUCCCGUGUCCCAAGCGAGUUCAAGGCCAAGCAAACAUGCCCAUAAGACUAAGAUACCCAUUUUUUGAGGAGCAGCAGGCGAGGAUGUAGAAGUGAUGCUGAAGCUUCGGAGCCCAUUCUAUCUUCUUCACACGCUAAAGCAACGAUUUUUACCCCCUUAUCACUCUCUCGGCACCAUAAUUCAGCCAUCACCGUCCACGCCGCAGCUGGUGGCGGAGGACUUUGCACUUGCCAAACUCAUUCUCGAAUCAGAUACGCAAUCUCUGUCUGAAACCCUACAAAGAACAACUUUCCAAUGGAAUCCAGACCUGGUGGAUAAGGUCCUCAAACGCCUAUGGAACCAUGGACCCAAAGCGCUGCUAUUUUUCAAGUGCCUUGAACACCACCCGACCUAUACUCAUGCCUCGUCAUCCUUUGAUUACGCCAUUGACAUUGCCGCUCGUAUGCGUGACUACAAGUCUGUUUGGACUCUGGUUGCUCGUAUGCGAGCUCGCCGUGUCGGACCAAGCCCUCGAACUUUCGCGAUCAUUACUGAGAGGUAUGUCGCUGCUGGUAAAGCUGAUAGAGCUGUAAAGAUUUUUUUGUCAAUGCACAAACAUGGUUGUCGUCAGGAUUUGAGUUCUUUUAAUACGAUCCUUGAUGUGUUGUGCAAGUCCAGACGAGCAGAGAUGGCUUAUAAUUUGUUCAAAGUUUUCAGAGGUAGAUUUAGGGCUGAUAGUAUCAGUUAUAACAUAAUUGCUAAUGGCUGGUGCUUGAUUAAGCGAACGCCCAAGGCUUUGGAGGUGAUGAAGGAGAUGGUAGAAAGGGGAUUGACUCCAACUUUAACUACGUAUAAUAUAUUGCUUAAAGGGUAUUUCAGGACUGGUCAGCUGACGGAAGCUUGGGAUUUCUUUUUGGAAAUGAAGAAGAGGAAAUGCGAUAUUGAUGUUGUGACCUAUACUACCAUGGUUCAUGGGUUUGGUGUUGUGGGUGAAAUUCAAAAGGCUAGAAAGGUUUUUGAUGAGAUGAUUAGGGAGGGUGUUCUUCCUUCAGUAGCAACAUACAAUGCUUUGAUUCAAGUUUUAUGCAAGAAGGAUAGUGUAGAAAAUGCUAUAUUGGUCUUCGAAGAGAUGGUGAGAAAGGGUUACGUGCCUAAUUCAGUUACUUACAAUGUAAUCAUUAGAGGGUUGUGUCAUACAGGUGACAUGCAGAGAGCCAUGGAGUUUAUGGUGAGAAUGGAGGAAGAUGAUUGUCAGCCGAAUGUUCAGACAUAUAAUGUCAUGAUACGAUACUUCUGUGAUGCUGGGGAGAUCGAGAAGGGUUUAGACAUGUUAGAGAAGAUGAGGAACAGGUCAUGCUUGCCCAAUCUAGACACGUAUAACAUUCUGAUCAGUGACUUGUUUGUGAGGAAGAAGUCAGGUGAUUUAGUGGUAGCUGGGAAGUUGUUGACGGAAAUGAUUGGUAGAGGCUUCCUGCCACGAAAAUUUACUUUUAAUAGAGUAUUAAAUGGGCUUGUGUUAACAGGCAGUCAAGAUUUUGCAAAAGAGAUACUAAGAUCACAGAGUAGAUGUGGCCGGGUUCCUCGGCAUUUGAAGCUCUGAAUGCUGGUUGCUUGUGGUUCAUGUGUGAUUUUAUUGGUCUUCUGUGAUAACUGUAACUGGCUCCUUAGAGUUCCAAAAUGAUAAUGUAAAUCAAUUUAUAUUGUUGUUGUAGAAAUUGAGGAAGAAAUGCGGAUUUAUCAGUCUUGGAAAUUUUAGAGGAUUUGAAGAUUUAAUUGUGUCUCCGUAAAGAAUCCAGUGUGCUGCACUGUAUGACUAUUGAACUU